AUGGCGGACAGCGAAGACGCCUUUCGUCUCCAAAACUCUCCCAAUGACACGGAUUCAAAAGAUCUACAAAACGAUGGAAAAUCAGAAAAACACAAUGGAGCCUCCAGCAAGUCUCCAUCAUCACAGACAACAUACAUUCAACAGGGAAUGGAGGGGAUAAAAGUUUACUUGCACGAGCGAGAGUUGUGGACAAAGUUUCAUGAAGUUGGGACAGAAAUGAUCAUAACUAAAGCAGGCAGGCGGAUGUUUCCGAGCUUCAAAGUGAAGGUCACCGGGUUGAAUCCCAAAACCAAAUACAUUCUGCUGAUGGAUGUUGUGCCCGCCGACGACCACCGCUAUAAAUUCGCCGAUAAUAAAUGGUCUGUUACAGGUAAAGCAGAGCCAGCGAUGCCGGGACGAUUGUACGUCCAUCCGGACUCUCCGGCCACCGGUGCCCACUGGAUGAGACAACUUGUGUCUUUCCAAAAGCUCAAACUGACCAACAACCAUCUCGAUCCCUUCGGACAUAUUAUUCUGAAUUCGAUGCACAAAUAUCAGCCGAGGAUUCAUAUCGUAAAGGCGGAUGAAAAUAACGGGUUUGGAUCUAAAAACACGGCUUUCUGCACGCACGUGUUCCCAGAAACUGCGUUUAUUGCAGUCACGUCUUACCAAAAUCAUAAGAUUACUCAACUGAAGAUCGAGAACAAUCCGUUUGCAAAGGGCUUCCGUGGAAGUGAUGACAUGGAGUUACAUCGCAUGUCAAGAAUGCAAAGCACCAAGGAGUAUCCAGUGGUCCCUCGCAGUACCGUCCGUCAGCGGGUCGGCAGCAGUCAGAGCCCGUUCGGUGGUGAUGUGCAGGCUCUUUCGGCGCCAGGCAGUAUGACGUCUCAGUACAGCUGUGAGAAUGGCGUUACGGGCGCAUCUCAGGACCUUCUGCCUCAGUCCAGUUCCUAUCCGCUGCCCCACGAACACGGACAAGACUACUGCGUCAAGAGAAAAGUUGAGGACGACUGUCACGCAGGAGAUCACUCAUACAAGAAAAGUUACGUGGAAAGUUCAUCCAGCGAGGAUGACCAUUAUUAUCGGUCAGUGAGCUUCCCUCAGCCUCUGGGUCUCGCCGGUGCCCCCUACAGGACCGAGUCCAGCCAGCGGCAGGCGUGCAUGUACGCCAGCGCUUCUCAGCCCUCCGAGCCGCCGCCGAGCCUGGAAGACAUCAGUUGCAACAGCUGGGCGGGAGUCUCCCCGUACGGCAGCUGCUCGGUGUCGGCCGUGCAGCAGAUGGACCGACUGCCCUAUCAGCACUUCUCUGCUCAUUUCAACUCGGGACCCCUCGUCUCCAGAUUGAGCGGCGUCGCGGGCCACGCCUCGCCGCAGCUGGGUGACACUCACGCCAUGUACCAGGGUCCCAUUCCCCAUCAGCCCCUGGGCCGUCAGUGCAGCCCGAGCGCUGGGAUUCAGUCUCCGAGCGCCGGCCUGCAGGGGAACGAGUACCUGUACGCUCACGGCAUUCCUCGCACACUGUCUCCGCACCAGUAUCACGCCGUACACAGCGUCAGCAUAAUGCCCGACUGGAACGAUGGAAGUUAA